GUAAGACACUCCAUGAACCACCCCUAGUUAUUUUUUUCCUUUUCCCAUUUGUAUGAUUCUAGACGAAAAAGACUUCGGUGACCAUAAUAGAUUGUGACUCAGUUCUAGCACUUAAAGGGCAAAACUGGGUUUUCCUAUUUGUUUUCAAUUUAAUCAAUGUUAGGUGGUUCAAGUUUUUCCCAUAUAAUUUGAUUUCCCAUAAUCUGUUUAUAUUUUCUUAGAUCAUCUACAUAUUUUGUCCAACUUCAUGUCCAACACCAUUUUUCACAUCAAGCUGAAGUUGAAACUUGACCUACUUAAUUCGAUGAAAACAUAAAUAGUAAUAUUGGUUUGCAACCCUCGUAAAAAUCCAAAUCAUUUUUUCAUAAUGGAUUACACUCUUUCUUUGGAAUUGAGAGUAAUGGGUUUUUCAAGUUCUUUUAUGGGUUAUUUUUUUCUUCUGGUUCUGGCAUUCUCAGUGGUUCAUGGACAGCCACUGGUUCCGGCAUUUUUCAUAUUUGGGGACUCAGUUGUGGAUGUGGGUAAUAACAAUAACCUUUACACCAUUGUUAAAGCAAACUUCCUUCCAUAUGGAAGAGACUUUCCCAAUCACAAACCAUCUGGGAGGUUCUGCAAUGGAAAGCUUGCCUCAGACUUCACGGCUGAGAACCUUGGCUUCACUUCCUACCCCCCACCUUAUCUUAGCAGCAAAGCGAAAGGGAAAGACUUGUUGAUUGGUGCUAACUUUGCCUCAGCUGCUUCUGGUUAUUAUGAUAGUACAGCAAAGUUAUAUCAUGCAAUUUCUUUGAGUAAACAGCUGGAGUUCUACAAGGAGUAUCAAAGUAAGGUGGUGGGAAUUGCAGGGAAAGCCAAUGCUUCUUCCAUUGUUUCUGGUGCAAUCUACCUUAUAAGCGCUGGGAGCAGUGAUUUUAUUCAAAACUAUUAUAUCAAUCCUUUUCUUUAUAAGGCCUACACGCCUGAUCAGUUUUCUGACAUUCUUAUUCAAUCCUAUGCAAAUUUCAUUAAGAAUCUGUAUGAUUUGGGAGCAAGGAAGAUAGGAGUUACUACAUUGCCACCAAUUGGGUGCCUGCCAGCAGCCAUCACAAUAUUUGGGUUAGACAGCAAUGAGUGUGUGUCAAAGCUAAACAAUGAUGCAGAUUCCUUCAAUACCAAACUCAAUGCCACUUCCCAAACUCUGAAAAACAAGCUUUCUGGUCUCAAUUUAGUUGUCUUUGAUAUAUACAAGUCUCUCUACAACCUCGUCACAAAGCCUGCUGAAAAUGGGUUCAUCGAGGCAAGGAGAGCUUGUUGUGGUACAGGAUUGGUAGAAACAUCAAUACUUUGCAAUGCCAAGUCAGUAGGAACAUGUGCAAAUGCAUCAGAAUAUGUGUUCUGGGAUGGGUUCCAUCCUUCUGAGGCUGCCAACAAAAUCUUAGCUGAUGAUUUGCUCAACACUGGAAUUUCCCUCAUCUUUUAAUUUCCACCAUAUUUUCUAUGUUAUUAAUUUAAGUAAUUAUAAACAAUGUGUUUGAGGUUAAGACAAAUAUCUGUUCUUUUCGCUGUAUUAAUUGCUUGCUUGAUUGGAUUAUAUAUGAAAGUAAAGUCUUUAAAGCUUAAGUUACAUCAAUAAAAAGAGUAUGCAUUAUUUGUACAUAUUUAUAUUUUUAAUGGGCAUAUGAUGAGCAGAGCCAACCACACUUGACUUUUAA